UCAUCAUCCUUGGCGUGGUUGUUGGAGCCAUCAUGAAUGCCACUAUGGCAUUUGAGCACAUGCCAAGAAUGGGAGCCACACUCUUCUUCCUGUACCUACUCCCACCGAUCAUCCUCGAGUCGGCUUACAGUCUCCAUGACAGAACCUUCUUUGAAAAUGUCGGUACCAUUAUAAUAUAUGCAGUUAUUGGAACGAUCUUGAACUGCUUCUUGAUAGGUCCAACUAUCUACGGACUAGCCAAAAUUGGAGCCAUGGGAAAUGUAGACCUAGAACUCAUCCCCUGCCUGGUGUUCAGUGCCAUAAUAGUAGCUGUGGACCCUGUCGCUGUGCUGGCUAUAUUUCAGGAAAUAGGAGUCAACAAUGUCCUGUAUUUUUUAGUGUUUGGAGAAUCGUUACUGAACGAUGCUGUCACAGUUGUACUGUAUAACACAAUGAAAGAGUUCAAUACGAUGCCCUCAGUAACUUCGGAUCAGGUUUUCCUAGGGUUGGCAGCCUUUUUUGUGGUCAGUCUCGGAGGUCUUUGUAUUGGAAUCAUGUGUGGAGUCCUGACUGCCAUCGUCACCAAGUACACUGUUCAUGUCCGAGUUGUAGAGCCGUUGGCUGUGUUUGUACUGGCUUACAUCUCCUAUCUGAUAGCUGAGCUCUUCCACUUCUCCGGAAUUAUCAGCAUCAUAGGGUGUGGCCUGGUCCAGGCUCAAUAUGCCUUCCACAACAUCUCACAGAAGUCACAUACCACCAUCAAGUACUUCAGCAAGAUGCAGAGUUCGACCAGCGAUUGUAUCAUCUUCCUGUUCCUGGGAAUCGCACUGUUUAAACCAAACCUGUUUGAUGGCAACAACUGGCAUCCUGGCUUCAUUCUAUGGACCCUCCUCUUGUGCCUUCUCUAUAGGUUCCUGGUUGUGUUUGUGCUGACCUACUUUGUGAACAAGACGAAUCGUAUGAGAAGAAUCGACAGGGAGGAACAGUUUAUCAUGGCCUAUGGAGGUUUACGUGGAGCUGUUGCCUUCUCAUUGGUCAACCUUCUAGAAUAUGACGGACUUCCUAAAGACAUGUUCACCACGGCAACACUCUGUCUCAUCUUCUUCACAGUAUUCUUACAGGGGAUCACCAUUAAACCGCUCGUCAAGAUUCUACGAGUCAAACUUCAAGAGAAUGACAAGCUUCUUAUCAUUAGUGAGGAGAUCAACAUGCAGGUUUCAGACCAUAUAAUGGCGGGUAUAGAGGAGGUGAUCGGUGAGAGAGGGGAGCACUACUUCAGGGAAAUCCUGGAACACUACAACAGAAAGUAUCUGAACCUGUGGCUACAGAGGGAUCCUGUCAGUAUGGACGAACACAUCAUGUUCAUGUUUGAACAAAUUGCAUUACAACAGCACUUUGAAAAUUUAGCAGGGUCAAAAAUGAUUCAAGAUAAAUAUGCAAGUUCUGAAGUUCUUCUUCCAUCGCAGUUACUCCACAAACCUGUUUAUCAUGAAGAAUAUGACAGUGACAGUUCUGGGGGGACGGUGCUUCCCUCAGUUACCGUACCCUCUUUACCUCCAAUGCCACUGACCUUUGACCUUGGAGAAGGAGAGGCAGACAUAGAGCUGAUACGCAGGGGAGCUGAAUCGAGGAGGGAGACAUUAGCAAACAUUCUAAACAAGCCUUCAUUUGGGAAACGUAGAGAAUCGAAACACAUUGAAAACCCAACUGUCAAAGAUGUCCGCAAGAUGUUGACUCCUGUUCGCAGAGAUCUUCCUGCAAAACUGGACAAGAAUCUGAAGAAUGAAAGUAGUGGGGACUUACUUAAAUGUCUUCAGGAGAAACAGCUGAGGACUCGAAGAAUGUCUCGUGCCGUCAUGCCAGGGAACCUUCCCGGAUUGGAACAGAUUCCUGGAAGUGUUGAGAAGAUUCCAGGGAAAAGCUUUAAUGUUGAUGCAGCGACACAAAACUAUCGUCGCCGUCUCAGUCUGGCUGUUCCAGCUCAGAGAUCGAAUUUUGUGCGUGAACGAUCUCCCUCAGACAUUACAUCAUUGCAGAUGAUGAACCAGUUCAGGGAAGGAGAUUCGGGUAUUAGAAUCGAUUUUGUGUCCGAGAAUCAGCAAAAACGCCAACACAUGUUCAAAAAAGCUCACACUUUAACAGGAAGUGAGGGUAAAGAAGAAAUGUCUCCCUUGAUACGCAGAGCAAAGAUUGAUAUCCCGGCUGGCAGUCCAAUGAGAAACUCAACAGGACAUAAAUUUGAUGUAAUCGCAGAAAAUGAAGAAGAGGAUUCCUCAUCCCCAGGAAAAUCUCCUGAUAAAAAUAGUGCCACAAACCUGAACACCGAAGAGCAGCCGGUAUCAGGUGUUGAAGGGGAGGCAACCCCUCAUAGUUUUAUAGUAGAUACUCAUCCACAGCCAACGGUUACAAAAUCAAAUGACGAUGGACAUUUGGCUGAUGAUGAAGAGUCAAAAGUCACAUCAAGAUCCUCGCCCAAAUCUAGACUUACUAAGAAACGUUGCUUAUUAAAAAAAACAAGGUCUGUUGACGGAACUAGAUUAGACAUUGAUGAAAAGAACAACGGAAGGUCUCUUGGUGCAAACUCAAAUAACCUUCGUCCGUUGUCUGAUUGUUCACUAACUAGGAGUAUUCAAGAACAAUCUGAACCUGAAGGAUCAUCUUUACGGAAGCCUUCCUAUAUUACUGCCAUUUCAAAGACUGAAGGUGAAAAUACUGAGCAUUCCAAAAAGGGAGACAACUCUAUUGAGAUGGAAAACAUAUCAAGAGAAAAGCAAAAUUAGGAGUUUAUUGAAAGGUGCUUGUGUUGAUAAACAGUUAUAUCCUGUAUAAGUGCUGGAGGGUUUUGAGUUAUUACACUCAGUCUCAAAGAAAUUUUGAUCAGUCUUGUUUGUCAAUUCGUAUUGGCCUCACAUAUCAUACAUAUCAUGCACUCUUCAUAAUUUUGCAAAUAUUGAUAACGCAUGCUAAGUAGAAUACAUCCAACCUUUAAUAUUCUGUUAUAUUUGAAGGAGUUUAAUCUAUGCAGAUGUUCAUGCUCAUUUGUGAAUUGAUACUCUGGACUAUAAAUACACCUGUACUGGGAAAUUUCAAAAUUAUUUGCUUAAUAGAUACACUACAUGUAUCAGUAAAUUCAUUUAUUUAUAAGAUGAUACGGCUCUCAGGUGGGUUAAGUUGUGUUGCCUUUAAGACAUCUUUUGACACUGAUUACCCAUUAUUUUAUCCAGCCAUCAUCAAAGAAGGAAUGGUUUAAUUUUUAAAUGAAAAUCGUGGAUCACAAUAUUGAAAUUGUUGACUGCUGAAAGGUUGUAGUAAUGUAAAUAUUUCAUAGAAUAGUGGGAAAUAAGAUUUUGUAAUUUGAUUUCUGACAUACAUGUACAUUAUGUCUGAUGCUAUGAAUUUGAGAACUGGAAAUAUACAUUGGUUGUCCGAGACUUUUCAAACGUCUUUCAUUUGUUGACUUAUCAAAAUUAUAUUGAAAAACAUUCAUGAAAUAUUAUUGCUCUGAGUUUACAUUAGGAUGCACAAUUUUAGCUACAUUUCCAAUAAGCCACUUGAGAGUUAGACCAUUUGCUAGAAGCUCAGUGUACAUGUGAAAGAUAGAGUUUAUGUGGUGCAAUAGAUUGUUUUCUUUUUUUCCCUUGUGAUCUAUUUAAAACCCAAUAUACAUUCACCAAAAGUGCCAUGAAAACUGGUGUUGUCUUUAAGUCCAGUUGAAGCAAGAUUUCUAGAACAUCAGAUUAUUUAUGGUUCCGUGUAUGAAUUAUCAACAGUAUUGAUUUCAUUUGUAUUUAGUUACAUUACUAAUUUGUAUUCUUUCUCUAUAUACUAGAAAACUAUUUCCCUAUCACACAUGGUAUUGGAUCAUGACCUAGAGAGAUCCCAGUAUCAGUCUGAUACAUAUCACACAUGGUAUUGGAUCAUGACCUCGGGGAGAUCCCAGUAUCAGUCUGAUACAUAUCACACAUGGUAUUGGAUCAUGACCUCAGAGAGAUCCCAGUAUCAGUCUGAUACAUAUUAAACAUUAAACAAUGAUCUUAGUAUUGAUCGAGGCAUACUAUAUUAUUACAGAGGCACCAUAGUCAAAGUAGUCUAGUUGGACGCCCCUGGCUCGUGACCGAAGGGUUGCGGGUUUGGUCAUGGCACGGCACUGUGUUGUAUCUAUGAGCAAGAUACUUUGC